UAAUGUCACAAUAAUAAGUUGAAUUGUUUAGUGAAUUAUUAACUUUAUUUAUUAAAUUUGGUUCAUUACAUUUGUUAACAUUUAUAUAUUAAAAAUCGAUAAAAAUGGUGAAAACUCCAAAUAUUGUGCGAACUAUCAAAACCACAAAAGGCGACGCAUCGUACUCAGUGUAUGAUUUAUUAAAUGAAGUAAAAUGCAGACCGAACAUUUGGCAAGUUCAUCAUAUUGAUCAUUCGGAUCGUACAGAAUUUAACAAUAGUUGGCGUAGUAUUGCUGGUAUCCUAGUUCAACAUUUUCAACAAUUGGAUGAGGAUGAACAAAAUACAAUAACAACAAAUUUGAAAAAUGUCUAUGCUAAGCUAAAGUGUGAUUUAAUGCUUUUCAUAAAAUAUAAAAAAGCAAACGAUAAAAGGUAUCGUUUAUUCAAUUUUGGCCGACAUAUGGACUUUGUUUUACAAGACCGUGGCUUAAAAGUUCAUGAAGUUUUUAGUCAAGAAGAACUAGAUGAAAUGGACUUGUUUGAAAGAAGAUUUAAACAAACAUAUGUACCGAAAAGAUUAAAUAAUAUAAAUUCGGAACUAACGGACCCUUGGUCAUUUAUGGUAAAUGAAACCGAGGAGCAACCUUUCAGCAAUAAUUUAUCUGAACCAAUACCUCAUUGCAAUGAUGGAACUGAUAUGGGUGAGAUAGCGCAAUAUAAUGGUGCAUACAGAAGACAAAAACGUAAACCAAAAGAUGCCGAUCAGGCGUUCUUUGAUUCUAUUAAACCCUGGUUACGUAAAAUGACUGGAGCUCAGAAGUUAGACUUCAAAAUAGAAUUUUUGCAAAGUCUUAAAAAACAUCAAGAAUUAUGAAUUAUUACUAUAUACAUAUGUAUGAAUAUUUUAAUAAGUAGUUAUUUUUGAAUAUUUUUAUAA